AUGUCUUUUGCGGAUACCACGAAACUCUAUGGGCUGACGGCCUUGCCGGCGGAUCAAACCAAGACUAAGCCGGCGACGACGAACCCGGAGCCGGUGGACAUUUCGUCGCUGGCCAUCCCACGCACGGCACUGGCGUCGCGCGUCGACAGUUACGUGAAGUCGAAGCUCGACGCCGAUACGUACCGACACAGUCUCCGCGUGUAUAGCUACGGCUGCGCCAUCGCGAGGCAGUGUUUCCCAGACUUUGAACUACAUCCUGGCUCGGCGCUGGAGGAGACGUGGUUUCUCACCGCCAUGCUCCAUGACAUUGGAACCGCGGAGGAAUUCCUCAGUUCCACAAGAUUGAGCUACGAGUUUUGGGCCGGCGUCCACGCUUUGGACAUUCUGCAGGACCCCAGUCUGACGACGACGACGACGACGACGACGACGGCGACGGGAGAACAGAACCAGAACGCGGGAGUAGCGCCGCGUGAACAAGCCGAGAGCGUGGCCGAGGCCAUUAUCCGCCAUCAAGAUGUUCAGGAUAAAGGCAGCCUUACUUUGAUGACCAGGUUGAUCCAUCUAGGCACGCUGCUGGACAACAUUGGUGCCGGGGCCGAACUGGUGAAUAGAAAAACGAUCGAGAAUGUGGUAAGGGAGUAUCCGCGACCCGGGUGGAGGAAGUGUUUCAAGGGGACCGUCGAGAAGGAAAAGACCAUCAAACCGUAUGCUAUGGUCACUCGUAUUGAAGGUUUCGAGGCAAUGAUUGAGAAGAACGGUGGCAAAGACGGUAUCAUGGGGGUGUUUGACAUGGGGGCAUUUGAAUGA